AUGGAGCUGGAAGCGCCCUGUGGCGCAGUGCAGCUCUCCGGCCACGCCUUGGGGCGCGGUGCCAGCGGGCGCGUUUUCCUGGGCUCCUGCGAAGCGCUGGGCCCGGGGCGGGAGAGCGUAGCAGUGAAGGUUGUCCGUGGGAUUGGCAGAGACCGUCACGCUGCUGGUGCAUGGCGUCGGGAGCUCCGGGUCGUAAGACCCCUGCUGACGAAGCCUCAUCGCAACAUCCUGGCCUACCAUGCUGCCUUCCGGUUUACUGGUUCGCCAAUCUGCCAGCCGGGGGCUGGGGGCGAAAUUCUGCUGGAGCCAGGCGAUGGUGUCCUGGUGAUGGAAAGAGCCAUGCGCUCGCCACUGCCUGUGGGCUUACGCCCAGAGGGCGACGGCACCUGGGAAGCCGAACGAGGUUGGCGACUUCAGCAGGCUGCCUGGGCAGCAAGAGUUCUCGUCUCCGGUGCCAAUGCAUUGCACUGGCUUCACCAGGUCAUUCGCACCAUCCAUCGAGAUCUCAAGCUGGAGAAUCUGCUGAUCUCCGAGGACGGCGUCUUGAAGCUCGCUGAUUUUUCGGCUGCCAAGACGCAGCUCUAUGACCUGCAGGUGGCGGGCACGCGGCAAGGUAUCGGAACUACAGGUUCCAUGGCCCCGGAGCUCUAUUUCAAAAGCACUGGGUACACCUCGGCCGUGGACCUCUGGUCAUUGGGCUGUGCUGUGGUGGAUGCCUUCAACGGCUCUUUGCCCUACGAUAUGGAUUCCUUUCUUGCAGUUGUCACCCUCGGACAGCUGAAGCCACCCUCCGGCUCGGCAUUGCGGCUUUGCCACGACAGCGUUGCAGACCCCGGCUCCAAGCUGGCAGAUUCAGUCCGACGGCUUCAGGAGAGCAUCCAUCGCCGAAUCCUGGACUGGUUCCCCCAGGAUGAUCAUAUCUGCCGAGACUUGAGCGCAGUGCUUCUGAAGCUCCUCGUUCCAGUGCCGGACAGGCGGUUAACGGCACAGCAGCUGCUACAGCAGCCUGAGAUGCGUCGCCUGGCUGAAGCCGCAGCCUGUCCGCUGGAUGUCCCAAGCACAUCGGAGCCGGCUUUCUUGGAGGAUGUGGCUUGGGCAGAAAUUUUGACAGAGGCUACUGCUCAGGGCGGUCCAACUGCUGUGGCGCAGAUGAUGCAUCAGGCUUUGGAACGAGUCGAUUCAGUACAGGAUUUGGAUUUGCUGCGUGAAGAUGUUUUCCGAGCUCUUCUCGCAGAGGAUCCUGCAAGCCCGGAGCUGCUCCAGAUGUUCUUGCAGCUCCCAUGCUUUGAGGUCGCAGACGGUUCCACAAAGUCUUUGCCUGGAUGGGCUCGCCCUACCCAGGACGCACUCUGCCAGCUGUGGAGGGCCGAAGACUUCCCGGACGCAUCUACACUGGUCACGCAACUGCAGGAGCACGGCGUGAGCUCGGCCAAGUUCUGGGCUCCCGGUCGCGCGGAGCGGCUUCUGGAGGAUCUGAAACACGGAACUUCCCUGUCACUCCGUGACGGUGCGAGUAUAGCAGUCGCGGAUAGAGUUCUGCGAAUCGUGCACGAACUGCUUCUGGACGUGCGCCUUGCUACCGAAGAAGCAGAUGAAGGGCUACAGAAGGAUGGUGGUUCCAGGUAUUUUUGCUUGCUGGAAAUGCACAGCAUAGACUAUCUGCCAGAUGGAAAAUCGCUAUUUCCUCACUUGCGCCAGCGCCCACCCACGGAGCUGUUCGACCCCAAAGAUGGGAAGAGCUGGGCGGCGCGCAUUGGUGAUUUCAUGGGUGGCGCACUCGCUCCAGUGCUGCCAUCCUGGGAGGAAAGCCCAGAUGACUGCAAGCCGCAGUUGUCAGUCGAACUGAGGCAGUCAGAAUACUUUCCCGGCCUUCUGACACGCUGUCACCGCUGGACUUUGCAGGCUCGGGCGCCUUCGGGGACGUCGGCCUUGGGCUUCGCCACAGAGGAGCUGAUGUCGUCGGGCGUUCGGCGAACAAGGCACUGGGCCUGGCUCCCACAACCACGUGCGCAGGCCUUGGCGGCUCGGCGCGCACGACUACGGCUCAGCGGUGUCCGCUGCCAGGACUUGAGCAAGACCACCGCCGAGGAGCAAGGUCAGACGCUGCUCCACGCAGCCUGCCAGAGCAGGUACGCUGCUCGUCUCUUGCGUUUGGUCUCCGAAGCCUUACCGCAUGCGAAGGUCAACACUGGUGGCUCCUGGUCGGAGUUGCUCCCGCUUGAUGUGCGGGACCAUUUGGGCCGCACGCCGUUGUGGCUUGCAGCCAGCAGGCCCGACACGAAAGCUGUCGAACAGCUGCUGAGCUUCCGCAGUGACCCAGAGGUGGUGGACGACCGUGGCCUUUCCCCUCUGGCAGUGGCGGCAUCAACGCGCCGCUCGCAGACUCUGGGCACUGUCCGCGUUCUCGUGGCCGCUGGAGCAGAGCCACUUGAAGUUUUAAAGAAGAUGGACCGCCAGCAGACCGCUGGCGAUCCCGUGGCCGGUGGGAUCAAGAAGGCUUUGGUUCACGGGGCACUGGCGGGAUCCAUGUGGCACCGCCUGGAGAAGCUGAUUUGCGAGGCUGGUGGCAAGGUGAGCAAGGAGGAGUUUGAGGAGAUGCUUCAGCGCUGCCGCGUUGAUGAGACUGUGUCCAAGUACUUGCUGCAAGCUUUGGAAGCAGCAAAGGACGACUGGACGAGUGAUGAGAUUUGGAAGCUCUUGUCGACUGCAGAGAAGACCUCCCGCAGGAGAAAGAGUUCAGUAAAGGACCAGGUGCACGCGUCGGGAGCGGAGGAUGACUGGCGAAAGCGUGUCGUUUCCCCCGAGCCAGAUGGUGACUCCGUUGAUGUUGCUGCGACGAAAGCGCUGCAGGCUCUCCUUGCUUCAAGCGAACAGCCCCGGAAAGGCUAUCCGAAGCCCUCCGCCGAGGCAUCUCCAACUUCGCCAUUCUCCCUGAGCCCGAAAACCGUGCGCACGGACAGUGACUGUGUGGAGACUGCCAGCUCUACAAUUUCCAGCCCGAAGGCUGUGCUCAGCGGAUCGCAGUCUGAGGACGCGCUUCGGCCAAUUGCUCCCCGCCGCCCACCGCGGCCACGACGUCAGGACCAGCGGCAUGAUGAGCCACGGUCCCAGGGUGGUCCCAGGGCAACAUCUAUGCGGAGCUUUCGAGCGACAGCCCGCUCGCUGUCCUUGGGUGCCAGCGCAGUGUUGCAAAGCGUCCGCCAUGCAUCUCCUGGUGCAGGAGCUGUUUCCCGUUCGCCGCGUGAGGUGAAGACCACCUCAGACCGUCGGGCGAAGUCGUCGAACCUGGCUCAGGCUUUGCCGCCGAGGGAAGUAGCAGCACCGGCGGAAACCACAGCCGGAGGGAAGAUGCACACCUUCCGCGGUGUGCGGCCACGUUACCUAGACCACCUCCAAGGAGAGACCCGGGACCUCGCCGCAGGCGCGCUGCGGCCUCCCCGGAAGAGCAGCCGAGGGCCUGCGCGCACAGCAGCCCUGGACAUGGCCUAA